GGCAAUGGGGGUUUAGGAUCAGAGUUGUCCUUCUCCUAGAUGGGAACCCAGUGUCCUUCUUAUACAUGGACAUUUGGGAUGUCCUCCAAGACACACCUGAGGAUUAUUUGAUGGUAAUUUUCAGUGAUGAAUACAUCAACAGUGACUGAAUUUAUCCUGCUGGGGUUUCCUUUACUACCUGACCUUCACAGAAUCUUCUUCGUUGUGGGUUUAUUCAUGUACAUCGUAGCCAUCAUUGGGAAUGGCUGCAUCCCCAUCAUUGUGGCCUUCAUACCAAGGCUUCAGACACCAAUGUACAUCUUCUUGAGCAACCUUGCCUUUCUGGAGAUGUGCUACACCACUACGGUUGUACCUAAGUUGCUGCAGGCCCUUUUAGAAACACAGACCACUAUUUGCUUCUAUUGCUGCAUGGCCCAGAACUUCUUCCACUUCACCCUGGGAACUACGGAGCUUUUUAUCAUCACGGCCAUGUCAUUUGACCGCUAUUUAGCCAUAUGCAAGCCACUUCGGUACCCAAUGAUUAUGACCAACAAUGUUUGCAUUCAAAUGUCCCUGGCCACCUGGUAUGGGGGAUUUAUUAUUAUGAUUUUUCAGCUACCCAUCUUGUGGACAUUGCCAUUCUGCAGGUCUAAUGUCAUUGACCAUUUCUACUGUGAUUUUGGCCCCAUGCUAAGCAUAGCUUGUGCUGAUACCACCCCCAGUCAGUUGCUGGAACUGUUGAGCUCCAUCCUAUUUAUUCUCUCAACCUUCUAUUUAAACAUUCUGUCUUAUGUCUUUAUUAUCUCAACCAUACUUCGCAUACCCUCUGCCGUAGGGCGCAAGAAGGCUUUCUCCACCUGUGUGUCUCAUCUGAUUGUGGUGUCUAUUUUGUACGGCGCUCUCAUCUUUGUGUAUGUGAGGCCCAGCGUCCUGCACCCAUCCCCAGGAACCAGGGUUGUAGCAGUCUUGAACACUAUCCUCACCCCAAUGCUGAAUCCUUUCAUAUAUACCAUAAGGAACACAGAAGUGAAAGAGGCUGUCAGGAGUGCAAUCCAUAAAAAGAGGUGGUUCCUGAAAGAAGGCAUUUAAAAUGCAUUCCAAAGGGAAGAACUGGUGAAGUUCAGAUUACUGAUGGAAUUGUGCAUAUGGAUUCCUCCUCAUUCCUAUUUCACUCAUUAAUCUCAAUGAGAAGUGAGGUUCAAAUCAAAUACCAUUUUUUUGGCAUCACAGUAUAAAACAUUUAAAAUCA